GAAAAAAAAUGUCUACACGUCAUCUGCGGUGAGCUGUCAAAAUUACUGAAAUUACCGAAAAGCGAUUUGUUUUGCAGGAUAAUUGGAUUUUUCUUCUUAAUUUCAAAAUGGUGCUCAUAGCAGCAACAGUAUGUACGAAAUCAGGAAAAGCAUUGGUGUCUCGGCAGUUCGUAGAGAUGACGAAAGCCCGUAUCGAGGGCCUAUUAGCUGCCUUCCCCAAACUAAUGACUGGCGGCCGACAACAUACCUUCGUUGAGACUGAGUCUGUCAGGUAUGUGUACCAGCCGCUGGACAAGCUGUACAUGUUGCUGAUCACCACCAAGGCCAGCAACAUCCUGGAGGACCUGGAGACUUUGCGCCUCUUCAGCAGAGUGGUCCCAGAAUAUUGCACCCAGCUCACAGAGGCUGAGAUCUUGAACCAAGCCUUCAAUCUGCUGUUUGCUUUUGACGAAAUUGUAGCCCUGGGCUACAGGGAGAGUGUCAACCUGGCACAGGUUCGCUCAUUUGUUGAGAUGGACUCUCAUGAAGAAAAGAUCUAUCAAGCAGUGAGGCAGACGCAAGAGCGUGAGGCGGCCAACCGCAUGCGAGAGAGAGCUAAGGAACUGCAAAGAGAGAGGCUGGAGGCCGCCAAGCGAGGCGCGCCGCCGCGCUCGCAGAUGUCUUUCGGCAGCUCUGGUUUCGGCAGUUCCAACGUGACGUCGAGCCCGAGCACCGAACCAAUAGCUGAGAAGAUACCCACUACUCCUGCUAGAGACACGCGUCCAGUAGGCCGUUCCGCCAUGAAGCUCGGCUCGCGCGGCUCGGACGCCGAGUCGUUUGUGUCCCGCCUGCGCUCCGAGGGCGACACCGUGGCCCCCGCCUCCGCUACAGCCGCCGCCUCUACCACGCACCGUCCCGAAGUCGCGCCGCUGCCGGACCACAAGAGUGUACACCUGCGGUUCGAGGAACGUUUGAACUUGGUUGCCGGGCGCGAUGGAGACAUCCAGAACUUCGAGCUGUCAGGCUUGCUGACACUGCGCAUAACUGACGAGCAAUACGGCAGGAUUCGUGUACACGUGGACAACAGGGACUCCCGAUCACUGCAGUUACAGACUCACCCCAACGUGGACAAGGAGGCGUUCCGGUCGCAGGGCAUCAUCGGACUCAAGCAGAGUCAGCGCCCGUUCCCGCUGCACAGUGACGUCGGCGUGCUCAAGUGGCGCCUCGCUGGUUCCGGCGACGACAAGCUGGCGCCGCUGGCGGUGAACUGCUGGCCGUCGGAGGGCGCGGGCGGCGGCUGUGACGUCAACAUCGAGUACGAGCUGGAGCACGACCACCUGUCGCUCAACGACGUCAACAUACACAUCCCGCUGCCAUCUGGUAACAUCUCUCUGGUGGUGCACCAGUGGGAAGGCAGCUAUGCACAGAAGGGCCGCACGCUCAUCUGGUCCGUGCCCAUCAUCAAUAAGCAGCAGAAAACAGGCAGUUUGGAGUUCACCGUCACCCCAGCCAUUCCCAACGACUUCUUCCCGCUGUCCGUGACGUGGACGUCAGACACCACGAUGUGCCUGCUAUCCGCCACCGGAGUCUCGCAGGCGGAGGGCGGAGCGCCCGUGGACUUCUCCCACGAGGUGGCGCUCCAUCCGGACAAGUACGAGAUCGUCUGAAGUGAAAUA